GCAAGAAUGUCAGGCCGGUUCCCUGUCUCAUGAAGGCUUUGAUGUUCCCAAUAAAAAGCAUGGAACUGAACCUGAAGAGCUCAGUUUCCAACCCGAUUUCACCUCGCGAACACCCGUCUUCAGAAUAGAAGCUCCGUUCCAUCCGCUCUAUCCGUUCCAUUAGGCUCCGUUCUCAUCGUCAGAGAACGCCAUAGAGGUUGGUUCCAAGAUCGGUUGAAGAAGGCCAAAGACCACGGGAAUAACGAAAGAGGAAGCAAACGAGCGGAGAGAAAAGUUUCCACGCAUUGAUCGCACAUCCAUUUCUCCUUUGUUGGGGUUAAACCGAGCGUUAAUAGGAGGAGGUAUCGUAAAUCCAGAUAAUGAGAAAAUGGUGCGGAAUAUCCACUUCCACAUUGACCUUCCAAGUUCUUCUGCUCAUUGUCUCAUUGUCGCAAGGCAGUCAGACAAUGGGGCCUUUGGAUUGCAGAGUCUUUCCAUUUCAUCCGGUCUGUAGAGGAUUCAAUGCCGGCAAGAGAUCUGCGACUCCCCCUGAGCCCACCUCCCUCAAAACAUACGCCCCUCCCAAAGACGCCUCCCACGCCUCCUCCUCCUCCUCCUCCAGCCACAUCGAGCAAGUGGCAGGAAGCUCACCUAGACCCCUGGGAUUAGACCCCGAGUGUUUGUCACCCAAAGUUUAUGACGUUCUUUACAGAAAAUACGCCUUCGCUCCUAAAUGUCGAGGGACAACAUCGAAACGAUCUGUUCCUAAUGUGAUUCCCACUUUGGAGUCACCAUGGAUGGAACAAAACCUACCAGACACUUUAGGAGAGGAUACCUACCAACAAGUCUUGGAGAGCGAUCACGUUCCGCCCAAGGCUGCAAUCCAAAAGAGAUCUUAUGGGGGUGGACUUGAAGCCCUUCCCAACACCUUUUACCACCCAUCGGCUGCGAAACAGAUUUUGCCAGAAGAGGCUUAUCUUUAUGCAUCCUACUUGGCCAGUCUGCCCAAAUACCGGUCCAAAAGAACUUAUCAUGGCUUGACUUCUUCUCAAUUGUUUUCUCCUUACCGAAGAAAGCGCUCUCUUCCUGAGCAAGUUGACCAAGAUUUCCCCGAUUCCUUCUCUUCAAUUUUUGGUAAACGGCAUGAUCCACACUUCCUUGAUCCAUCCCGCGCAUCAAACCUGCAACCAAGCCUGAAACGAGAAGAAAUCCCAAGCUUUUCAUCUUUUAUUGGAAAACGCUAUGACCCCUUCACACGUUUGACUAAACCGACUUCAUACCAGGGUCUAAAAGAUCAUUGGCCCAUUUUCGACUACUCAGACUGGAAAAGAUCCGAAUUCCCCAAGACGUUCUCCUCCUUUUCUGUUAAACGCUCCGACUCCCAAAAAGCACUUGAGAGACAAACAAAUCAGCUUUCCAACUUCCCAACCUCAUUCUCUUCUUUCAUAACAAAAAGAGCGAGCUCCCCACUUGAUUCAUUUUCCUCCUUUACUGGGAAACGUUCUAAUUUGCCUUUAUCUUUUUCUGCCAUUUCCGGAAAAAGAUCACAUUUGCAUUUGGGACCUUUAUCCCCUCUAGGUGGUAAGAGAUCUGAUUCCCCCCUUGAAUCAUUCACAUCCUUUACAGGCAAGCGAUCAGACUCCCCAUUGGAUUCCUUCUCAUCUUUUACGGGCAAAAGAACAGACUCCCCAGACUCUUUUUUUUCUUUCAUUACCAAACGUUCUGACUCUCCUCUGGAAUCAUUCUCAGCCUUCACAGGAAAGAGGUCUGAUUUCCCAGAAUCAUUUUCUUCUUUCAUUGGUAAACGCAGCUCUGACUCACCCUUAGACUCUUUUUCCUCUUUUACGGGUAAGAGGUCCGACUUUCCUGAAUCCUUUUCUUCUUCUACUGGAAAACGCUCAGAUUCCCCAUUAGAUUCCUUUUCCUCUUUCACUGGUAAACGCUCGGACUCUCCACUUGAAUCUUUUUCAUCCUUUACAGGGAAAAGAUCCGACUUCCCAGAAUCAUUUUCGUCUUUUACUGGGAAACGUUCGGACUCCCCACUUGACUCCUUUUCCUCCUUCACUGGGAAGCGCUCAGACUCCCCACUUGACACGUUUGCCUCAUUCACAAGGAAACGUUCUGACUCGCCCCUAGAAUCUUUCUCGUCCUUCACAGGGAAGAGGUCUAAUUUUCCUGAAUCCUUCUCCACAUUUACUGGCAAACGCUCUGACUCUCCCCUGGACUCAUUUUCCUCUUUCACAGGGAAGCGAUCUGACUUCCCUGAAUCCUUCUCCACAUUUACUGGCAAACGCUCUGCCUCUCCCCUAGACUCUUUUUCUUCAUUCACAGGGAAGCGGUCCGACUUCCCUGAAUCCUUUUCUUCCUUUACUGGCAAACGCUCUGCCGCUCCCCUUGACUCAUUUUCUUCAUUCACAGGGAAGCGGUCCGACUUCCCUGAAUCCUUUUCUUCUUUCACUGGCAAGCGCUCAGACUUCCCCAAGACACUUUCGUCACUUACUGUGCCCUCUACCCAAACUUGAAUAUGUGGACAACUCAUGCAUCCCAAACUACCAAACCUCAUCGCUCUGGAAAUGCCAAACGUCGGAUCAACAAUGGUAAUGUGCCUGCAUCUCCUCUACCCCAUCUUGUGGAAUUGUUUCCUUCAUUCUCUUCUUUCUACAAGGCCAAACGAUUAAGUGGAACUAUUGGAUCCAAUAAGAUCAUCGAGCAUGAGCCCUCAAGAGAGAUGCUUCCAGCCUUCUCGUCCUUCUAUAUUCCUCAAAAAAAGUUUUACAUUGAUCCUCCUAAGAUAAGAGUUUUGCCUCAUAAUUACUUCAUGCCCUUUAUCUAAUCAAUCAAUAACAUGAAAUAUUAUCCUUGACAAUCCUUGUGAUCUUGAAGCUCUCCUAUUACAUUUGUGUACUCUCCAAGUAGUUGGUCAUAUUGACAAGAUGUUCGUUCCCAUUUCACUUAAAUUGUUACUUUCGUCACUAGUACUGGAUUAUUAAACCUCUUUCUAACUGGUUGGGCUUUUCGACACUUCAGACUUGUAUAUUUGGGGAGACUUUGACAACUUGGUGAAUCUUGUUGAAAAAAUGUCUGAUAUGAAAUGUGUCGACCCCUUUUCUCCCCGAAACAAUCUAUUACAUGUGUUUUCUUUGUUGUAAGGUAUGUGCUACACUAUGAAGUCAUUGAAUCAUGUCUAAGCUCUGAAAGAGAAACUGCCUCUCUACUAUUAUUUUUAGCAUAUUAUUGAUGAUUUGAGCUCACAGCUCGGAAUCACUGUCAAAUACACUGAUGCUGCAAAUCACCAAA